AUGGCGCAGGCCUUCGCUCCCAACGGUCUAUCUCCGACCGGCGAUCAGUCCUAUCCCCUCACCACCGGAAACCGCAAGAAGCAGAAGAGGAGGGCAAAACAGCAGGCAAAGCUGAACAAUGGCUCUGAUGAAGCCUCCUCGGAUCACCAUUCCCAUCCCGGCCAGCCUCCGUCGCUUCCUGAAGCCUUGUCGGACGAGGACGAAGACGAUGGCCAAGUCACCUAUGCGGCGCGACCACCACUAGGCAAUGGCCUGAAUUCGUAUCCAAGUAACGAUGACUCGCUAGAACCUUCGCGCAAAAAGCGCAACAAGAAGAAGAAGCGCGGCAGCUCUCACCACGAGCCAUACCCUGACCAUCUGCGCCCCACUAUGCACCAGCCCCCUAUACCGCAUUCUCUGCCCAUUUCGACGGGUCCUUUGAGGUCUGGCCAACGCUCUUCGAGACAAGAUCGCAUCUGGAACACGUCGACACAAGAAGAGCGUGAGCGCAUCAAACAGUUCUGGCUGACCUUGAGCGAAGAAGAGCGCAAAUCGCUGCUAAAGAUCGAGAAAGAGGCUGUUCUGCGUAAGAUGAAGGAACAACAGAAACACUCGUGCUCGUGCACAGUGUGUGGUCGUAAGAGAAUUGCCAUCGAGGAGGAGCUAGAAGUGCUCUAUGAUGCAUACUACGACGAACUUGAACAGUACGCCCAUCACCAAGGCGGAGAUCCGGCACACGGCAUGCUACCACCUCCGCGCAGUUUACCACCCCCACACUUCCACCCUUCCUCCGCCGUACCGCUGCCGCUAAGUACUCACCAUCACCAACCCCAUCACCGAACGAGUCCAGUCCAAGAAAUCAUGGAUGACGAGGACGACGAUCAAGAAGACGAGGGCGACGAAGGUGAUAGUCAAGGAAUGAGUGAAGAGGAGGAAGAGGAAUACAGUGAUGAGGAAGAUGAUUUGUACAGCGAUGAAGAGGACGAACCUGAAGACGACGUACCGCGAGGAAUAGGCAACGACUUCUUCAACUUCGGUAAUAGUCUGACGGUCAAAGGUGGCAUUCUAACCGUAGCCGACGAUCUCCUGAAAAACGACGGCAAGAAGUUUAUCGAGAUGAUGGAACAACUGGCCGAACGCAGAAUGCAGCGCGAACAAGAGGCAGAAUACGCUUCGGCACAACCCUCGCACACCUACACCUCCAACGGCCACGAACCACCGCUCGACGAUGAGGAGUACGAUGAUGAGGAAUACGAAGACGAGGAAUACGACGAGGACAGCCAGGAUGAAGAGGAAGAGGACGAGACGGGCGGCAUGACCGAGGAGCAACGCAUGGAAGAGGGUCGUCGCAUGUUCCAGAUCUUCGCCGCCCGAAUGUUCGAACAACGUGUCUUGACCGCCUACCGAGAAAAAGUCGCUGCCGAACGUCAACAGAAACUACUCGAAGAGCUGGAAGAUGAAGACAAGAAGAAGGAGGAACGUGAAGCCAAGAAGGCUAGGGAUGCUGAGAAGAAGAAGAACAAGAAACAGGCCCAGAAGCAAGCAAAGGCGGAAGAGAAGGCUAGAAAGGAUGCUGAGAAGGCGGCUGAAGAAGCUGCCGCAAAGGCCAUCGAGCAAGCUAAGCAAGAGGAGGCAAAGCAGAGAAGAGAGGAGCAGCGCAAGAAGAAGGAGGCCGAACGCAAGGCUCAGGAGGAAGAGAAGCAACGCAAGGAAGCCGAACGUCUGAAACGCCAACAAGAAGAACGCGAACGCCAGCAGGAAGCCGAACGCAAGCUCCGUGAGCAAAAAGCACUCGAGAAGAAGCAGAAGGAUGAAGCCCGGCAAAAGGAACGCGAAGAACGAGAGGCGCGAGAAAGGGACAUCAAGGAGAAGAAGGCUCAAGCGGACCGCGAAAGAAAGGAACGAGACGCAAAGGCGAAAGCCGACAGAGAAGCCAGAAAUCAGCAAACACCACAGAUGGCCAAGCGUCCUUCGCAAGCCGGCAUGGUUGCUGUACCUCCAGGUUUGCUCUCUAAGCAGGCUUCGUCUAUCAUGUCUUCACCACAUGUUCCUGUAGCCACGCCUACCUUGCCCAAGCCUGCCACCCCAGCACAGCCUCGACAAAGCUCUUUCCAGGGCCAAAACGCUACUUCGCCCAAAUCGCAACAGGCCCCCGCCAUGGUUCAUACCAAGUCAACUUCUCCAGGAAAUGGUUUCAAUCAGUCCAUGCCCAGAUCGAUAUUCCAGAAGCCGCAGAAUCAACAUUUCGCACAGCACCAGCCCAUCUCGCCCGCAAGCCAGCUCCCACCACCCACCAUGUAUCCUCAACAUCAGAACAAUGGGUUCAGUGGUUUCCCUACGAGUAUGACCGGUUUCCCUGGAUUUGGUGCUCCUCAUGGGCCAAUGAUGCACCACCGUCCCUCGCUGCCUGGUUUCUCCAAUGGACCAUUCGGUAGCGGGCCCUUCCAGCCUAUGCACCCAGCCAACCCCAUGCCGACACCUCCUGGUAUGAACGGUCUUGGAGUGAUGACACAGGGUCGGGGAUACCCACUCGAGAGUCCUCCUGGUUUCCAGCAACAGAUGCCACCAGUUGGAUCACCAACCGCUCCGCCCGGUUUUGGACCCACACGCCACAGCAUUGCCUCACACUCUCGUACUCAUUCUUCUGACAAGAACACCUUCGACGCAAUCAGCUCGCCUGCACCCAUCACUCGGCCAACCCCGAUCCAGCGACCCUCAGCUUUGAGAUCAAACAAUUCUGAUAUGGAGGAUCUGAGCAAGCAUCUUGGUAGCAGAGCACUGCUCGAUGAUACAGAUGAUCCACUACCUUCAGUGCCAGAAAGUCGCCGAGCUAGUGCCAUUACUGGACCUCGUGGCUUUGGCUCACCCGUAUUUUCGCAGAAUCAGCCACGCAUGGACGUGUUUGGCGCGAACAGUAGCUGGACAUCCCCUUCUAUGUUUGGAGCCCCACCAGGUCUCUCUACACCUAGCUCAUCGUGGAACCCUAAUGCCAACAGCGGAUGGUCUUCGAUGCCGUUUGGCAGUCUGGGUCAUCGUCCGUCAGGUGCUAAUCGUCCUUUGACGAUCCGCAUAGCUGUAUGUAAUGCAUGCAAGGCAUUGACAGCUCGGGAACCUACACAUGAUAACUAUCACCCUGCCGAGGCUCUUCUGCGCCAGAUUGAAGGUUCGCGAGUUAUGCUUGACAAUCCAAUCACGAUCAAGGAGAUUGAAGCUAUCUGCGAGACCGAGGGUGACGGACAAAAUGGCGGUGGUUUCUUGCAUGCUCGUCACGAGGCUUCUGCGCCUGGCGGCUUUGCAGUCAAGUUCGAGCCAGACGCCGGGACGCCUGGGUCUGGAAGACACUCUCACUCACUAGGCCCGAUCAGUAGCCCGGUGCCAGGUCACUCUGUACCUGCCACUGGCUUUGGGGGUCCUACAGCCAUCGGAAGAGGUACAAGUUUCCAGAGCUUAGGCUCUGCUAUGGCAACUUCCGGAUCCUCAUAG